UUUGAAAAUAAAUUUUUUAUUUUGCCCAAAAAAGAAUAAAUAAAUUUAAAAAUUACCGCGUCUAGAUUUAUAGAAAUAAAAAAAAACAGGUCUACGACGAAUUGCAAUGAGUGCUAUAAAAAAACCAGAGGUGAUUUUCGUACUCGGCGGUCCUGGAGCUGGUAAAGGUACGACGUGUUCCAACAUCGUCAAGAAAACCGGGUACGUCCAUUUGUCUGCUGGUGAUCUUCUUAGAGAAGAACGAGCUAAGCCGGGUUCGGAGUUUGGUGAUAUAAUUGAAACCCAUAUUCGCAAUGGUACCAUUGUUCCGGUGGAAAUAACAUGCAGUUUGCUGGAUCGUGCUAUGCAGUCAUCACCGAAUCCUCACAAGCGAUUCCUCAUCGAUGGGUUCCCACGUAAUCAAGAUAAUUUGGAAGGUUGGACUAAGGUAAUGACUGAUAAAGCGAUCGUCAAAGCAGUACUUUAUCUCGAAUGCAGUAAGGAAGUAUGUACAGAACGUUGUAUUAAUCGAGGACUUAAAGGUAGUGGCAGAAGUGACGACAACCCAGAAUCUUUGAUAAAGAGACAUGAAACUUUUAUCAAUGAUACCAUGCCAAUAAUAAAGUAUUACGAAGAACGUGGAUUACUUUACAAGUUUAAUUCAAUGAAACCACCGAAGGCUGUCAUGGAGGACGUCUAUGAAAAGUUAGAGGAAAUUGGUUGGAUCUCCAAAGAUUAGACACAAAAAAAAAUAACUGAUAAUAAGUAUUUGGGCAUUUAGAUUAUAGACCACUGUCAUUUUUAAUUAUUAAAAAAAAUAUUUUUUAGGAUUUUUCUUUCACUUUUAGUAUUAAUUUAAAGUAGACACUUUUUUUUUACGUUUCUUUAAUUGAAUUUAAAAGAAUAUACAAAAGUUUAAGUAUUGGGGAAAACAUUCCUUACAACCAAAUUUAAAUUUCUCUUUAAUUAAAGAGGAUAUACUUUUUAUAUAUGAUGUAUUCGGAUCUUCUAGUGCACCAGGAAAAAUUCAUGAUCCUGUAGCUUACGGAGUAUUAACAAUUUUCAGAUUUUUUUCCUCUUUUUUAAAGUCAUAUAAAUUUAAAUUUUCCCGGGUAUCUGGUGGGUGAGAGUACCCUGGGAUAGCGGGUCCGAUCACACCUAAUAUGAAUAAUAAUCACAUACAUAAAUAAAAAUAUAUAACGCGAGGUACUCAGAAGUAAAUCAUUGCUGUUCAGUUAAUCAUGUUAAUUUACGGGGAUGAUAAAUCUGCGUAAUGAUAAUUGUAUUAUUAAUAGUUAAAAUAAAAUUUUUAAAAAAUACUCUGAUGAAAUAUAUGAAAAUGUAUAAUAAAUAUAAAUUUCAUAAUUAAUAAAUUAUGCAUUAUUUUUCAA